AUGCCUCUCAGCCCAUCCGCUCUCAGUCCGGCCAAGGACCCGGAGUUCACGUCUUUUCCCUCACGACGAUCAGUCGUCCACAGCACCAAGGGCAUCGUAGCAUGCACCCAACCCCUCGCGGCACAAUGCGGUCUCGAAAUCCUCCACAAAGGCGGCAACGCCGCGGACGCUGCAGUCGCCGUAGCAGCAGGCCUGAACAUGACUGAGCCGGGCAGCACGGGCAUCGGCGGCGACAUGUUCUGUCUCUUCUACGAAGCGAAAACGAAGAAAGUCCACGCACUCAAUGGCUCUGGACGGAGUGGAGGGAAAUGUACGUUGGAGACGAUCAGAAAGAGCUUGGGGUUGAAAGGUGGUGAGGUGGGGAGUAUACCGAUGGAUAGCGUGCAUGCAGUAAGCGUGCCCGGUGCGGCUGCUGGAUGGGUGGAUACAGUGGAGAAGUUUGGGAGUGGGAAGGUUAGUUUGGAGGAGGUAUUGGAUCCGGCGGCGAGGCUUGGGGAGGAGGGGUUUCCUGUUAGUGAGGUUAUGGGGAGUUACUGGGCGAAAGCUGAAGGGUUGAUACGAAGAGCUUCACCGAAUGGAGCGGAGAUGUUGAAGAAGGAUCCCAAGGCCAAAGAUGGUGUAAGAGCUCCGAGGCCAGGUGAGAUUAUGAAGAACUCAACUCUCGCGAAUACGUUUCGUCUGGUGGGAAAGAACAAGAAGGCAGGAUUCUACACGGGAAAGGUGGCAGAAGAGUUGGUCAAAGUGGUCCAAGAUUUGGGUGGUCACUUGGAACUUGAUGAUCUGAAAAAGCAUGCUGAACUCGGCACUGAAGAGACCGAAGCAAUAAGCCUGAAGUUCAAGGCGCAGGAUGUUGCGAAGGCGCAUGGACAGCACAUGGACGACAACAGCAGUGAAGGCAUUGAACUCUGGGAACACCCUCCGAACGGACAGGGUAUUGUGGCAUUGAUGGCGUUGGGUAUAAUCGAGCAGCUGGAGAAGGCUGGCAAGAUCCCGAAGUUCGCGCCUGAAGACCACAACUCGGCUCUUUACCUUCAUACCAUUAUCGAAGCCUUGCGGAUAGCGUUCGCAGAUGGCAAUUGGUGGAUUGCAGAUCCAAACGUAUCGAAGGUGCCGACAAAGGAGCUGAUUAGCCAUGAAUACCUCGCCGAACGAGCAAAGCUGUUCGACCCGAAGACCGCCAGCGCACCUUUGUCCCAUGGCUCACCAGCACACAACCACUCGGAUACAGUCUACUUCGCUUGUUCUGAUAGCGAAGGUAACGGCAUUUCUUUCAUCAACAGCAACUACGGCGGGUUUGGCACCUGUAUCAUCCCCAAGGGAUGUGGCUUCACCCUGCAGAAUCGAGCCGCGAACUUUGCCUUGCAGCCCGAGAACCACCCAAAUGUUCUGGGGCCGAACAAGCGACCAUACCACACCAUCAUUCCGGCCCUCAUCACAAACGUAAGCGAUCAAAGCUUGCACAGCGUCUACGGCGUUAUGGGGGGCUUCAUGCAACCACAAGGCCACGUGCAAGUCCUCUUAAACCAGCUCGUCUUCGGAUACACACCUCAAGCCGCGCUCGACUCCCCCAGAGUAUGCAUUGGCGCUGGAAUGCCCGAUGCUGGAGACGUCAUGGAUAUGACUGUCUACCUCGAGGAAGGCAUGAGGGAGGAGACUGUUGAGGGAUUGAAGAAACUUGGCCAUAAGGUCGAGGUUGUCAAAGGGGCUGCGAGAGGCUUGUUUGGGAGAGGACAGGUUAUCAGGUGGCAUGUUGAUCCGCUUGAAGGGCAUGGGGUCUGGAGUGCUGGGAGUGAUCCGAGGGGCGAUGGGCAUGCUGUGCCUGCGUGA